GAGCACUGAUUGGUGCAUUUACAAUCCUUUAGCUAGACAGAAAAGUUCUCCAAGUCCCCAUCCAACCCAGAAGCCCAGCCAGCUUCACCUCUCAGUACCACUGGGAAAGGGGCUCUGCACCUAGUAGAUGAUACUAUCACUAGGCAACACAGCAGGCAUUUGUGUUUAUUGUUUUAAAUUGAAUUUGCUUUAUAAUGUCAAGUACAGCCAAUCUAUAAUUGAAACAAAAACUUUGAAGUACUCUGUGAAAUUCAUAUCCGAGAACUGAACCCUCUGGGGGAGGAGCAAUAGACAUUCCCACUGCACCCAACCCUGGGUAACAGAGUGAGACUCUGUCUCACAUAAAACAAAACAAAACAAGACACUUAUUUUAGAAUUGUUUUAGAUCUGAAGAAAAAUGGCAAAGAUAGUAUAGAAAGUCCCCGUGUACUGUACACCCAGUUUCCCCUAUUAUUAACAAUCUUACAUUCUUUCUGUCACAUUUCUGACAAAUAGUAACAUCUGCUUAAAUACUUCCAGUGACUGGCAACCCAGUAUGUCCUAAAGAGUCCCAUUGUCAGAUGAUUUUAGAGCAGUGUGACUUGAGAUGUGGUUCUAGGACCAGCAGCAUCUGCACAACCUGGAAUCCAGUUAGAAAUGAAGAGUCUCAGACCCCAAUCCAGACUUGAAUCAGAAUCUACAUUCAACAGGAUCUCCAGAGUUAGGAAUGCGGGAUACUAUGAUGGGUCCAGCUUGGAGCACUUGCUGUGUGGCCUCUGAAGCCAGCAUGCUGUAACUGGUAGCUCCGCCUAGAUCCAUGUGCUUGGUGUCAGGGAAGGAACAGUUUCUCCGCCAAAAGGGAAUAAAUACUUUGAUCAGAGGCGGUGCAGACACACAGAUGCUGUUGAGCAAGUCCGUAAAAUGGUCAAGGCUUUACCUUAAGAAUAUUUUAUGAAACCUUAAAUUCCUAGAAGGAAUGACAAAGCCAUUUUUGUGUGUGUAGAUUUGCCAGUUCACCCUGACCAUCUUGAAAAUCAGUUGUCUCUGAUCUCUGUCUGUAUGUUACUUCUCUCCCCUCACCAAUGGAGAACACAUGGGGGCAAAGUGUACCUCUCUGAAGUAAGAUGAUUUGUCAAAAAUUCUGUGUGGUUUUGUUACACUGGGAGUUUAUUUGUGUGAUAACUGCAUUUAACUUGUCAUAUCCAAUUACUCCUUGGAGAUUUAAGUUGUCUUGCAUGCCACCAAAUUCAACCUAUGACUACUUCCUUUUGCCUGCUGGACUCUCAAAGAAUACUUCAAAUUUCAAUGGACAUUAUGAGACAGCUGUUGAGUUUAAUUCAAGUGAUACUCACUUUUCUAACUUAUCCAAAACAACUUUCCACUGUUGCUUUCGGAGUGAGCAAGAUAGAAACUGCUCCUUGUGUGCAGACAACAUUGAAGGAAAGACAUUUGUUUCAACAGUAAAUUCUUCAGUUUUUCAACAAAUGGGUGCAAACUGGAACAUACAGUGCUGGCUAAAAGGAGACUUGAAAUUAUUCAUCUGUUAUGUGGAGUCAUUAUUUAAGAAUCCAUUCAAGAAUUACAAACAUAAGGUCCAUCUUUUAUAUGUUCUGCCGGAAGUGUUAGAAGAUUCACCUCUGGUUCCCCAAAAAGGCAGUUUUCAGAUGGUUCAUUGCAAUUGCAGUGUUCAUGAACGUUGUGAAUGUCUUGUGCCUGUGCCAACAGCCAAACUCAACAACACUCUCCUUAUGUGUUUGAAAAUCACAUCUGGUGGAGUAAUUUUCCAGUCACCUCUAAUGUCAGUUCAGCCCAUAAAUAUGGUGAAGCCUGAUCCACCAUUAGGUUUGCGUAUGGAAAUCACCGAUGACGGUAAUUUAAAGAUUUCUUGGUCCAGCCCACCAUUGGUAUCAUUUCCACUUCAAUAUGAAGUGAAAUAUUCAGAGAAUUCUACAACAGUUAUCAGAGAAGCUGACAAGAUUGUCUCAGCUACAUCCCUGCUGGUAGACGGUAUACUUCCUGGGUCUUCAUAUGAGGUUCAGGUGAGGGGCAAGAGACUGGAUGGCCCAGGAAUCUGGAGUGACUGGAGUACUCCUCAUGUCUUUACCACACAAGAUGUCAUAUACUUUCCACCUAAAAUUCUGACAAGUGUUGGAUCUAAUGUUUCUUUUCACUGCAUCUAUAAGAAUGAAAACAAGAUUGUUUCCUCGAAAAAGAUUGUUUGGUGGAUGAAUUUAGCUGAGAAAAUCCCUCAAAGCCAGUAUGAUGUUGUGAGUGAUCACGUUAGCAAAGUUACUUUUUUCAAUCUGAAUGAAACCAAACCUCGAGGAAAGUUUACCUAUGAUGCAGUGUACUGCUGCAAUGAACAUGAAUGCCAUCAUCGCUAUGCUGAAUUAUAUGUGAUUGAUGUCAAUAUCAAUAUCUCAUGUGAAACUGAUGGGUACUUAACUAAAAUGACUUGCAGAUGGUCAACCAAUACAAUCCAGUCACUUGCGGGAAGCACUUUGCAAUUGUGGUAUCGUAGGAGCAGCCUUUACUGUUUUGAUAUUCCAUCUGUUCAUCGCAUAUCUAAGCCUAAAGAUUGCUAUUUGCAGAGCGAUGGUUUUUAUGAAUGUGUUUUCCAGCCAAUCUUUCUAUUAUCUGGCUAUACAAUGUGGAUUAGGAUCAAUCACCCUCUAGGUUCACUUGACUCUACACCAACAUGUGUCAUUCCUGAUUCUGUGGUGAAGCCACUGCCUCCAUCCAGUGUGAAAGCAGAAAUUAUUAAAAACAUUGGAUUAUUGAAAAUAUCUUGGGAAAAGCCAGUCUUUCCAGAGAAUAACCUUCAAUUCCAGAUUCGCUAUGGUUUGAGUGGAAAAGAAAUACAAUGGAAGAUGUAUGACGUUUAUGAUGCAAAAUCAAAAUCUGUCAGUCUCCCAGUUCCAGACUUCUGUGCAGUUUAUGCUGUUCAGGUGCGCUGUAAGAGGUCAGAUGGAUUGGGACUUUGGAGUAAUUGGAGCAAUCCAGCCUACACAGUUGUCAUGGAUAUAAAAGUUCCUAUGAGAGGACCUGAGUUUUGGAGAAUAAUUAAUGGAGAUACUAUGAAAAAGGAGAGAAAUGUGACUUUACUUUGGAAGCCCCUGAUGAAAAAUGACUCAUUGUGCAGUGUUCAGAGAUAUGUGAUAAACCAUCAUACUUCCUGCAAUGGAACAUGGUCAGAAGAUGUGGGAAAUCACACUAAAUUCACUUUCCUGUGGACAGAGCAAGCACACACUGUUACGGUUCUGGCCAUCAAUUCAAUUGGUGCUUCUGUUGCAAAUUUUAAUUUAACCUUUUCAUGGCCUAUGAGCAAAGUAAAUAUCGUGCAGUCACUCAGUGCUUAUCCUUUAAACAGCAGUUGUGUGAUUCUUUCCUGGAUACUAUCACCCAGUGAUUACAAGCUAAUGUAUUUUAUUGUUGAGUGGAAAAAUCUUAAUGAAGAUGGAGAAAUAAAAUGGCUUAGAAUCUCUUCAUCUGUUAAGAAGUAUUAUAUCCAUGAUCAUUUUAUCCCCAUUGAGAAGUACCAGUUCAGUCUUUACCCAAUAUUUAUGGAAGGAGUGGGAAAACCAAAGAUAAUUAAUAGUUUCACUCAAGAUAAUACUGAAAAACACCAGAAUGAUGCAGGUUUAUAUGUGAUUGUGCCAGUAAUUAUUUCCUCUUCCAUCUUAUUGCUUGGAACAUUAUUAAUAUCGCGCCAAAGAAUGAAAAAGCUGUUUUGGGAAGAUGUUCCGAACCCCAAGAAUUGUUCCUGGGCGCAAGGACUUAAUUUUCAGAAGAUACGGGGUUUUGUCAUGUUGCCCAGGCUGGUCUUGAACUCCCAGGCUCAAGCGAUCCACCCACCUCGGCCUCCCAAAGUGCUGGAAUUACAGCCAGAAACGUUUGAGCAUCUUUUUAUCAAGCAUACAGCAUCAGUGACAUGUGGUCCUCUUCUUUUGGAGCCGGAAACAAUUUCAGAAGAUAUCAGUGUUGAUACAUCAUGGAAAAAUAAAGAUGAGAUGGUGCCAACAACUGUGGUCUCUCUACUUUCAACAACAGAUCUUGAAAAGGGUUCUGUUUGUAUUAGUGACCAGUUCAACAGUGUUAACUUCUCUGAGGCUGAGGGUACCGAGGUAACCUGUGAGGAUGAAAGCCAGAGACAACCCUUUGUUAAAUAUGCCACGCUGAUCAGCAACUCUAAACCAAGUGAAACUGAUGAAGAACAAGGGCUUAUAAAUAGUUCAGUUACCAAGUGCUUCUCUAGCAAAAAUUCUCCAUUGAAGGAUUCUUUCUCUAAUAGCUCAUGGGAGAUAGAGGCCCAGGCAUUUUUUAUAUUAUCAGAUCAGCGUCCCAACAUAAUUUUACCACACCUCACAUUCUCAGAAGGAUUGGAUGAACUUUUGAGACUGGAGGGAAAUUUCCCUGAAGAAAAUAAUGAUGAAAAGUCUAUUUAUUAUUUAGGGGUCACCUCAAUCAAAAAGAGAGAGAGUGGUGUGCUUUUGACUGACAAGUCAAGGGUAUUGUGCCCAUUCCCAGCCCCCUGUUUAUUCACGGACAUCAGAGUUCUCCAGGACAGUUGCCCACACUUUGUAGAAAAUAAUUUCAACUUAGGAACUUCUAGUAAGAAGACUUUUGCAUCUUACAUGCCUCAAUUCCAAACUUGUUCUACUCAGACUCAUAAGAUCAUGGAAAACAAGAUGUGUGACCUAACUGUGUAAUUUCACUGAAGAAACCUUCAGAUUUGUGUUAUAAUGGGUCAUAUAAAGUGUAAUAGAUUACUUUAUAGUUGUGGGUGGGAGAGAGAAAAGAAACCAGAGUCAAAUUUGAAAAUAAUUGUUCCAAAUGAA